CUCGAGUUUUGUACUCAAUAGUGUCAAAAAAUAUUUAUUAGUUUCAGUGCAAAAAAUAAUCUUAAAAAAAUAUUUAUCAGUGGCGUUCCUAAUUUAAAUUAUCGAAAUAAAUAAGUAUUCAUAUUUUUGAGAAGAAACCGCGAAAUGUAGUUUGUAUUUUGGAAAUCUAACAAAAUGAAAUGUGCAUUGGUUGAAGACCGUCGAAAGAAUGAUGCCCCAGGAAGAGUCUGAUGACGAUUAUCUCGAUGACCCAAUCCGGUUGAUAAGUAAUCCAGAAACCGGUGCAGACGUAGUCGAGACGAGAGUGGUACAAAUUGGAAAAGAACACAUCAAACUACCGGUAACGUUCUUUGACUUUCCUCGAAACAUACGCCUUUUAAACCAAUGUCUUUCGAUGUCGAUUAAAUUGGUCGACUGUGACAAGCACCCUUGGUAUUACAAGAACAAAGUGAAAACUCCAACUGAAACUAUAGUCAUCGACGAUGAUAGUAUAACGGAUUGUAUUAUUAUAGAAGAUAAAAAUGAGAAUAUGGAUUGCAAGUAUCAAAGCGUUAAUAAUGUCAAUAUAAGUGAAGCCAAUAAGAAACCGAAAAUCAGACCCGUUGCUACCCCGUAUCAGAAUCUUUUCGAUAACAGUAAGAAAAAUGCUUUGAAAGAAAAGUUCAUAAUAACUGAAAACAACUGGAAAGCCAAAGUGAUAAAAAAUCAUUCAAGCCAGGACAAAGGAGUACAAAUAGACUUUAAGAGAAAUGAAGGAUUGGUAGGUUUGAGGUUACAAUAUACAAAUAUAGGCGUGCUGAAAACAGCAAAAGACCGAACGGAAAAAGAAAUAAAAGAACCUAAAAACUGUAAUCCUGAUAAGCACAAAAGCAGUAAUGAUACUCCAAAGAGUUUAGUGGAGUUAAACAGUAAAAUCAGUUAUACUUCAAACAUCCAAGUUUCUAAAAAUUCAUUAGAUAAAACGCUUAAUACUAAAAGUAGUCUUCCAAAAGAAGCUAUUAAAGUUACGGAUGGAUGCGAAUUAAAUAAAAAAGAAUCGAAUUGCAUAAGGACAGACUUAAAAAGUCUUCAAGGGAUGAAGAUAUUAUCUAGUGAUGAAAAUUUGAAAUUAGCUACAAAAACACACAUUUCCAAUGCUACAAAAUACACUAAGGGUAAAAAGGAGUCCGAUAAAAGUAAAUGUGAUAAAUUGAAUAAUAAUUACAAACAUAAUAAAAACGUGAAUAAAAAGGACAGCAAAAGAAGUGCAAGUGAAAUAACUAAACUUUCAAAGAAAAAAGACAAGAAACAUGUAAAUAAGAAACACAACGGGUUUGAUAAGGUUCUAUUUAAACAACAGCAAGGUAAUCUGAAAACAUGUACAGACAAAAGUGACGCGACUAUACAUGUAACGACUAUAGCUUGUAGAGACCAAAUUACUAAUGAACAUAACUGUGUAGUACAGAAAGAUAAUGCUAAGAAGUUAUUUAGUCAUAAAGAGCAUGACACCUUUUCUAAACAAUCUACAAAACCAAUUGUGGCUUAUAAUCAAACAACUAAUGAACGUAACUGUGAAGCACAGAAAGAUAAUUCUAAAAGUACAGAUGCAACUUAUAAUCAAACUACUCAUGAACAUAACUGUGGAGCACAGAAAGAUGAACAGAAGUCUGUAGUACAAAAACAAAUUAUGGAGGGAGCAAGUAACAGCGUCGAGCCAAAUAUUACAAUUUCAGUGAAACCUACUUCUUCUGCUGAUAUUUCUAGCACGGCAAAUAAUUUAAAUGUGGGCCAGGAGAAGUCUGUAAACACUAAGGAAAAAAUGAUCGAAGAAUUAAGCAAAGUAGCUUUCUUAUAUAGUCCACCUCAAGGUCCAGUUAAAGAUUUAAAAAAAUCUCUACUCGAAACUGAUUUGCAUCCUCCAGCGUCGAAUGCAUCAAAUGAUGUGAAGAGAUCUAAACCCGCUCCGACAUCAAAGAAACCUAACCUUGGUCUUCAUUCUAGUAUGCCACAAUGCAAACCUCAAACCCUUUUAGUUCCUCAAAACGGGUAUUCGCCACCGAUUUUACCAAUUCCUACCUACCAAAGAAGCUUAGAAAUUUUAGCUAAAGCAAAUAUGGCUGAAGCUAGAAUGCCCGUAAAUUAUGAUGAGAAAGUCACCAGUAACAUAGUUCCUAGACAGUCAGAAAAAGUCACAAAAAGAAAGCUUUCUUUAGAAGACUGCAAAGUGGAUAAAGUGAAAAAGAUUUCAUUAGACGAGUAUAAAAAAAGAGCUUCGAAACAUGAUCAGCAAAGAGAGGAAGAAGAGACAUUAGAAGAUGAUGUUGCGAAAAAGAGGAUAAGAAGUGAAAGUACUGAUCAAGAUCUUGGGUAUGAUUCAGAUUCCACUGUGAAAUUGUGA